AGUCACCAGCGAGGAAGAAUAAAAUGCCAAGCACGUCCAGCGUUUGAGAUGUAGCACGCGAAGUUUAGCUGCUGUAUGUUGAUGUUUUUGGGAGCUUUUUAAAUGGUACUUAAGUUCUGCAACUACACGUUAAUAUCUCUUCUUGUGUAAGAAAAUGGCGGGCAAUAUAAAAGAUAAAGAAGCUUUUCAGCGGCUGAACUUCCUCUAUCAGGCUGCACAUUGUGUACUGGCUCAAAAUCCAGAAAACACGGAACUGGCCCGAUUUUACUGCUUCACCCAGAAGACCAUAGCCAAACGCCUGGUGCUGAGACAAGAUCCGUCAGUGAAAAGGACCAUGUGUAAGAGAUGUUGUGCUUUACUGAUACCAGGGGUCACAGCAACCUUCAGACAAAGAAAAGGUUCUCGGAAGCAGCGUGCCACGGUAAUACGUUGUCUCAGCUGUGGGCAAACUAAAAAGUUUCCUAACAACCCAAAACAUCAGUUGUGGGUGGACCAACCAGAAGCUCAGUUGGAGAGUCAGCUUCAGCCAGAAGCCAGCCCAUCACCCAAAGUUUUGACCCAGAAGAAUAAACCAGAUAAAUCCAGUACUGUGAUCCAGGAUGCUGCCUCUUGAUUUCAAACUCUAAGCCCCUUUAUCUAUUAAUUUUUUUAUUAACUGCAGAUAUCAGCAUUUAAAGUUUGCUGCUGUGACUUUCAGGCCAUGUAAACAUUACCUUGUGAACAGAAUCACUUAAAGUCCAUGGUGUUGAUUUUAUAUUUUAUUUCAGAGAGACAAAAUGGAUUAAAAUGGAAGGUUUGUGUAAUUCAAAGAGGUAUAUUCCAGCUGCAAUGUGUAGUGUAUCCAGUAUUUCUGGUAACGUUUUAGUGUAUUGUAGCCUCUGUUCAGAAACAAAACUUCUUUUUUUUUUUUGUGCUUUAACCUUAAUGUGCACAUCUCAGGAAGCAUGGUGCUGACAAAGUGUGAACUGCUCAGGAGACAAAUAAAUUGCAGUUGUGAUUGACUUAAAUUAUUUUGUCUAUAGAUUUAUGAAAAUGUUUUCUUUGUGUAAAAUGAACUUAAUCAAAGGAUGUACUUAAAAGCCUUUUAUUGGAUAAUUACUGCAAUGUUAAAUGUGUUUCAGCUGGCACAAAGUUAUUAAACUCUAAUUGAUGCA